AUGAGCGCCGCCGUGCCCGCGCCUCAGCUGUGGGCUGUGGUGACUCACAGAAACCCUGGUUUUCUCCAACGCCACACAGUCGACUGCUUUUUGCUGAUCCUGGCCAUCUUCAUCCCGCCCGCUGCGGUGUUCCUCAAGCGCGGCUGCGACGUUCAUCUGUUGCUCAACUUCUUGUUGUGGAUAUUUACUAUCAUCUUCGGUAUCAUCCACGCCUGGUGGGUCGUCCUCACAACCAAGGGCACUGUGUAA